AUGCUUCCUGCAGCAUUUGGGCUUGUCUUUGUUCUGAUGAGGGUGGCCGUGGGGUUGGACCUGGGGCUAUCCACCAAGUGUGUCGCUAUCCCUAAGGAAAUGAGCAUCUGCCAUGACGUUGGUUACUCAGAAAUGAGGCUACCCAAUCUCAUGGGACACACCACUUUGGCAGAAGUUGUUCCGGAGUCUGCCGGAUGGCAGCGUCUCGUGCAGACUGGCUGCCAUCCUUAUUCAAAGACUUUCCUCUGCGCUCUGUUUGCACCUGUCUGUUUGGACACUUUCAUCCAGCCUUGCCGAAGUAUGUGCGUUGCCAUUCGGGAUAGCUGUGCUCCGGUCCUGGGAUGCCAUGGAAGCCACUGGCCCAGCAGUCUGGACUGUGACCGAUUCCCUGCAGAUGAGGACAUGUGUCUUGGAUCCCUCGGGAAAGAACAGAAACACAUCGUCAAAGUUUUUCCAAAGCCUGCUUGUCAGAUCUGUCCAGCAGUUGAGGAGUUCCUCACACAUAAGGGUGUGUCAGACCUUUUUUGCACCAACAACUUUGUAACGAAAGUGAAACUUUCUAGGAAACGAACUGUCCUCAGCAUUCAAGAAUAUAAUGUCGACUGCCAGGCAGAAUUUAUUACCCCGGGUUUGGUCUUGCCUUAUGAUGCUUGCCGUGUGGUUGAAGAGUGGUUUCUGGUCAAUGAAGGCUGUAUUCGGAAGAUGACCCCUACUCACCGUCCCAUGAUAUAUCUCAUUGCGGGGACAACGGAGGAAAGUAAUGUCUUGAUCCACCAUGUGUACCGCUGGCAAAGAUGGAAUUCCCAGCUGACCUUAUCGAUAUGGAAGCGGAGGCAACAUAAAUGUACAUAG